AUGUCCGACCUUCUGGCAGCGGUCGACGCCGUGGAGAAAAUCAUCGCGGUCUGGAACAAAAUCCAGGACAGGGUUCAGGAGCAAAAGGCCGCCGAGGCUCUGGCAGCGGAUCUCUCCGAUUUCGGCAUCGAGAGCAGCCGAACCACGCUGCAGAACGAUGUCCGUAUUGCGCAAAGGGUGGCUCGCGACCCAAGCACCCGCGAGGACACCAAGAAAGAUCUCGAGAGGCAAUUCCAGCGCGUGGACAAGCUGCUCCGAGACAUCGAGCCAGCCAUCGAGGAUGUGGUGAAGAACAAGAAGCUGGGCGAGAUGCUCAAGUAUUUCUCCGCCAGCGCAAACCGCAAGCUUGCGGAGAGGGUGGAAAAGUACUGGGCGGCGUUCCGGGUCUUUGACCAGGCCGUGAUGACAGCUGACGUGGCGGCCCGGAGCGACCCCUGGCUCAUCCAGCCCGGCGAGAUGAAGGCCGUGGGGAUGGCGCCGGCGCCCGUCGAGGUGGGCGAUGGCAUCUCGCUCGGCCGCGUCUCCUACGCGGCUCCCCACGCCCGGGAGAGCACCAUCGCCGACGUCGUGUGGGAGACGCUGCACAGCAAUGACGCCGCCUGGGACGAGAACGACAGGGACAUGCGCAACCUGGCCGCGGCGCUCUCCGGAGCGCUGCCGCAGUGGCACAUACCGAAGCUGAUUGGCUACGAGCAGAACAGGACGCUCAAGACCAUGCGGCUGGUCUUCGCGCAUCCCGAACCGUCGCGCGCGCUCUACACCCUCAGCGACGUGUACGAGGCCGCGCCGGCGAUGCCGUCCCUAGCCCUCCGCACGCGCCUGUGCUACCAUCUCGCCCUCGCCGUGCUGCAUGCCGACCGGCCGCGCGUCAACGUGGUGCACAAGCACAUCCGGCCCGACAACCUCUUGCUCGCCCUCCCGGCCUCGUGGCAGGGCUCGGGGCCGCCCCGCACCCUGGCCAUCCCGCCGGACUGGAAGCACAAAGGCAACGCAGGAGGCGGCGGCGGCACCGUCGACCUCUACCUCUCGGGGUGGCAAAACUCGCGCACCACAUCGCAGACCACGACGUACGUCGGCGAAUCGGCCCCCUACCGGGUGAUCUACCAGCACCCGCAGCGGCACCAGCCUAGCGACGGCGCGGUCGUGGCGGCCAAGUACAACAUCGGCCACGACAUUUACAGCCUCGGCGCGUGCAUGCUAGAGCUGCUGACCUGGAAGGCCCUAGUGACGUUCGACUCCGCUACGGAGACCCACUACCUGUCCCCCGGCUACCUGGAGGCUUUUAAGCGCAAAGGCUUCGACGCCAGCGUCGACGCGUCCGAGGACGCCGACCUGGCUGAUCUGUACACGCGGGACGCCGGGAACAUCCAGGCCACCCUCAUCGAUAUGGCGGAGACGCUCGUGCCGCCCAGCGCCGGAGACCGGCUCGCCCGCCUCGUCUGCCGCUGCCUGACCUGCCUCGACCCCGUGCCCAUGUACGGCGGUAGCCGGUUCCACGACGGCGACGAUAAGAACAAGGUGUCCCAGGCCUUCUCCGCCGAGAUCUUCUCCGACCUGAACACGAUGCUGAGCGCGCUCGAGGUAGCCGCCUGA